AUGCAUCGUCGUGGGGAUACUUGGGUUAAUCCCCAAGCUGAGCAGACUUUUCAUCGGAUGGGAGGAGAAAGAGAAACGCAGAUCCAGAUGCAGUCUGCUACUUCUGGGUCAUCUGUAGCAGGAGCAGUUAACGAGGAGGAUAUUAUGGAGCAGUUUCUGGGAACCCACAGAGGACACAAGAUUGGAGUGGGUCGCACACUCCCACAAAAGAUUGUAACCAAUGGCAUAUAUCGUAGCAUUGAGCAUCGAGCAACUGUAGACACAGAAAAAGAAAGACUCUCCAUUGCUACGUUCUACAAUCCAAAUGUAGAUGCUCAAAUUGGUCCGGUGAACAGCUUGAUCACAGAGGAAACUCCGGCAUUGUACAGAACGUUGGAAUGUCAAGAAUAUUUUAAGGGUUUAUUUGGACGUAAACUUGAUGGAAAAGCUUAUAUUGAUGCCAUGAAACUAGAUUCUGCUGAGCAUUAG